UGCUGGUUUCCCGCGCAUGCGCAAAGUGAUUGAGCAGUGGCAAAGCGAAAAGACCAAGAUGGCGGACUGAGCGACGUGGCUUUCCAAAAACGUUUCACAUGUACGAUCUUACAGCCAUUUAGAUUCAAAUGUAACAUCAUAUACCUUAAGAUUGGCCUUUUCUCAAAGCCGGCGAAAUGGAAGUUGACGUUGGAGCGAUGAAGUGCUAUCUGAAAUGAAGAUCGAAGACGUGAUAGAAGAUGGACGACUACUGCAUGAUGGCGACGUCCUUUAAAAGAGAACAUGAAAGAGAAUCAGCGCCACCAACUUCCAGAAAAUCACUUACGGAUAAAAGGACGAAAACUGCGGACGAAGACAUCCAGCAGAUGAUUGGUCAUCCAGAAGAACUUCCCCCUCGGUCAGAGGGGAGCUCCACUUUGAAGCAGGAGACUCCACAGCCACCCCACAUUAAAAAGGAAGAGGAGGAACUCUGGAUCACUCAGGAGGGAGAGUGUCUUCUAGGACCACAGGAAGCUGAUCUCACCAAGUUGCCACUGACUGUUGUCUCUGUGAAGAUUGAAGAUGAAGAGAAACCACAAGCGAACAACCUUUCAGCUCCACUAUCGGAUAGUGAGGUUGAAGACGGGGUUGAAGUGACUUUGAGCAGCGAUACAGACUCUAAAGGUGAUAUAGAGACUGACCGCAAAUACUCUGACUCUUCGAAAAAGAAGCAAGGUCAAAAUUGUUUGACGCGCUCAGUUUGUUCGAAAGCCUUUAGUAGAAAGAGCAAUUUGACUCAACAUGUGAAAACACACAUUGGACAAAAAACAUUUGAUUGUUCAGUUUGCGAUAAAAGCUUCCCCCAAAAGAGCAAUCUGACCGAUCACAUGAGAACACACACAGGAGAAAAACCCUUUAUUUGUUCAGUUUGUGCUAAAAGCUUUACUAUAAAAAAUAAUUUGACUCAACACAUGAGAACACACACAGGAGAAAAACCAUUUACCUGUUCAGUUUGUGGUAAGAGCUUUUCUCAAAAAAAUAAUUUGACUCAACACAUGAGAACACACACGGGAGAAAAACAAUUCCAUUGCUUAGAUUGUGGUAAAAGCUUUACUAAAAAGUGCCAUUUGACUCAACACACGGGUACACACACUGGACUAAAACCAUUUAGUUGCUCAGUUUGUGGUAAAAGCUUUUCUCGUAACGGCGAUUUGACUCAACACACGAGAACACACACAGGUGAAAAACCACUGAAUUGUGUAGUUUGUAGUAAAAGUUUUUCUCGAAACAGCGAUUUGACUCAACACAUGCGAACGCACACAGGAGAAAAACCAUUUAACUGUUUAGUUUGUGGGAAAAGCUUUUCCCAGAAGAACAGUUUAACGGAGCACAUAAGAACACACACAGGAGAAAAACCAUUUAAUUGCUCAGUUUGUUGUAAAAGCUUUAUUAAAAAGUGUAGUUUGGUUCGACACAAGAGAACACACAUUGGAGAAAAUGCAUUUAGUCGUUCAGUUUGUGGUAAGAGCUUUUCUCCAAAAAAUAAUUUGACUCAACACAUAAGAACAUACACGGGAGAAUAAUCAAUUAGCUGUUUAAUUUGUGGUAUGUUGCUCAUAUAUUGCCACAUUUUCCCAAACCUCAAAAUAAGUUCACUGCUCACAAAUAUGUGAAGGCUUCGUACAAAGUAGAAUUGAUUAUCUGGAGCAUAAUCUUAUCUCCUCAUGACCCCAUGUCUUCCGCGUGUAUGAAACGUCCCUGAAUAGCAAAAUAGAUGAUGCUUGUAGUGCUUGGUUACUCUUUCUUCAGAUUAGACAGACCUGAGGAAUUGUGUCUUCUUCAGUGAUGCUUUCACCGCCUCCAGAACGCCUGACUUUGAACGCCAACAACAUGAAUCGAUCUGCCUGAAACUACACCUUCCAGGUCGCCUGAGGUUCAUGUUUUGUGUCUACAGACCAACACAGAAUCUCUCCAACAUGCAGUCCAAAAGCAGCCAAGUUCUCUCAACCAUGAAAAUCUGUCCCAAAAAUGUUCUUCUGGCACUUUAAAGACUAAAGGCCCUGAUGGGAUCUCAGCAACUGUACAUAAAAACUGUGUGCUGGAGAUUGCCCCAGUACUUGCCAAGCUCUUCCAGAUUUUCCUGGAUACAAAGACAGUUCAAACCUUCUGGAUAUGUGCCCAUAUGAUUGAUAGUGUACCUAAGAUGGGGAAAAAACGAACUCUAUUGAACUACAAGCUAAUAUCCCUGCUACCUAUUACAUCCAAAGCAUAAUAUGGGUCCACAUUCACAAACACCUCGAUAAACAUCAAAUUUAAUCUGAUAACAAGUACGGACUAUGUGAGAAGCCAUCUACAAUUGACAUGUUUUCUUAUGUCACCCAGUGGUGGAACAAUGCUCUCAACACGCAACAAAAAUUGGAGUACUUGUCUUAGAUAUAAAUAAAGUUUUUGAUCGUGUAAGGCACUGCGGCUUCCUGACAAAACUGACCUCAUGUGGUAUCCAAAGAGACCGACAUGGUUAGGUACCAUCUUUCUUAACAGACACCAGUCUGUCCUACUGGAUGAUUCCACUUCUUUAGCACUGCCCCCUCUCUGCUGGUGGAUCACAUCCUUAGUUUUGUGUUUGUUUAAAAAAAAAAAUCCUUUAUGACGGACUAUAUUAGGAAAUCUGAAAUAGUUUUUACUAAAACCCCUAUUAGAAAUAUUUCCACAGAUGUGAAUAAUGCAUGUUUGAUUGAUUGAUUGAAACUUUUAUUAGUAGAUUGCACAGUACAGUACAUAUUCCGUACAAUUGACCACUAAAUGGUAACACCGGAACAAGUUUUUCAACUUGUUUAAGUCCACGUUAAUCAAUUCAUGUAUGCAACAUUUUCAUUCUGCUUAAUUUUGACUUCUUGCGAGGAAUGCGCUUCUUUGCGCAAAUUAUUCUCGAGUCUUGAAGCCAAUACUGAACAUUCUUAACGAAUUUUUGUUAAAAAACAAACAAACACACAAUAUACUUUAUUUGACAGAAGAAACAUCAAUUAUUAAUGUGGAUUGUGAGGAGCCAUAUCUUUGUUAAAGUGUUUAAAUAUGUUUUUCUUCCAUUUUAUGGAAUUAUUUUGGUUUACGUGACAUCACGUGGAUUCACUUCCUGUUGUAUGUAGCCACGUCAUGUAUGGAUCUUCAUUUUUACCUUUACUGUAUAGUAGUUGUGUUUUAAUAUCUUGCCUUAUUAUCUGAAAAGUAAUGAUUGUCUGGCAACUACUGAAGUUAUUUUCCUGUUAACACAUUUUGAAAAUUAAUAGAAGUUUUUUUAUUUUUAUGACACAUUGUUGAUGUUUUGUAAGACAUGGUGUUUUGUAUUGCUUUGUUAUUGAAGUAAAACAAAAAAGUUCAUAUUUACGUUUCAUUGUGCACAAUUUAAUAUCUUAGUUGCUCGGACAGUAAUUUUAGAUUAGGCUGUGAUGUUUUUAAUGGGGAAAGACGUCAAUGUGUCUUGUAUUCAUGUUUGCAUUUAAGAUAGCUAGCGAUUAGCGUGGUAGCUGCUAGCUAGCGACGUUAUGGACAUUAGCUGCUUGCUAGCAUUCAGCAUAUUAGCUUUUUUCUCCAAGAAAUGAGCAGCAUUACCAGUCUAUGAGUUCAUCCAAAUGCAGUUACAAUCACGGUUUUACGAUAAUUUUUUAUUCUAAAUGGUAAUUGUGACCUUCGGGAGUUUUCAAGGAACUUUAUUGUCACACAAGCACACGUGAUGGCACGAAAUGUACUACAGCAAGAACAAUGGU